AUAGGUGGCACUGUUAGGCGGCACUGACUAGCAUUGAUAGGUGACACUGAUAGGUAACACUGAAAGGCAGCUCAGAUGGGCACUGAUAUGUGGCAUUGAUGUGCACUGGUAGGCACUGAUAUGUGGCACUGAUGGACACUGGCAGGUGGCAUUGAUGAGCACUGACAGCUGGCACAGAUGGACGCUGACAGGUGGCACUGCUGGGGCUACACUGAUCAUCAGGGCACACUGAUCAUCAGUGCCCUGAUGAUCACUGUCAGCAUGACAGCUCGUGAGGAGAGCAAUGCCGAUAACUGGCAUUUCCCUAUUUACAUGUGAUCAGCUGUG